CAGAUGAUUGUCAGUUUUAAUUGGCUUAUUUCCGUAUUACUUGAAGUAAGAUUGCAUAAAGUUGUUUUUGUACGAAAGUAAGCCCUGCGUAGUAAUUGAAGAAUGUGUUUGCUACUUCUUCAGACUCGUUCCCUUUCUUUUCCUUUGAUGUGUUAAAGGCGCUAAGGAUCAUGCCGAAUGUUUGAAGAGGAAGUGUAGAAUUCCACCCAUAACGUGACAACUGCUUUUCUUGCUGAAGAAUUCUGCGCUAAGUCAAACAGGAUGGUAAAAGUGACACUGCGAAGGGAAUUCUUUGAUUUAUUUCUCGCCCCCUGAAUUGAACUACAUACAUUGAAUGGAAACUUGUUAGAUGUUGAUUAAAAAGUCCGUUCUUUGUGACUGGUUAUUAAAGUAUCGAAGUUACAAAUUGAGAAACAAUGGACGAGUUUAUUGAACAUGAUCGCAUAAAAUUUUGCAAAAGUGGGAAACAAAAAAUGAUUAAAAAUUCGAAAUAUUCUUCAUGGCCAAAGCUUUCGCACUGUACACAUUUUGAAUACAAAAUCUGAAAGGUCGGCAAUUUGGUUUCAAUAUCUAGCCACAAUUGAGCGCUUAAAAUACUGUUUGUUCAGGCCACAGAUACUCAAAAUGAAAUAGGCCAUCCUAGAUGCUUAAACAAACAAGUUUGUCUGAAUCUAUUUCAUGCUAAUGACAAACUAAUUGAAGGACUGGACACUUGAUGCUAUUCUGACGUCUACACUAAAAGGGGUUUUGUUCAACUUAUGGCUUGGACAAUAUCAUUUCAAAAGCGGGAAUGUUUAGUUUAGUCAACAAAGCUUCCAGCCAGCGUUGAAACAAAAUCGCUGGCUAAUCACGAGAUAGGGCUCUAUUUAAUACGGGCGUGCAAGGCGGAUUGUCACAUUCGAGGCAACAAUCGCCAGAGACACUCGCUAAGCUGAGGUACAUCCAGCGUCCAUCAGUAACAUGUUUCCGUGUCCAUUUUCACCAGGUCAAGUUGCGAAAGUGUGCCAGUUUCUUCAAAAUAACGGUGAAAUAGAGCGCCUCUCUCGAUUUCUGUGGUCUUUACCCGCGGAAAUAGACAACGAUGCCAAAACAACCGAGACAAUUCUAGUCUCAAAGGCUGUUGUCUAUUUCUACCAAAACAACUUCAAGGAGUUGUACGGCAUACUCGAGAGCAACAAGUUCUCUAAAGAGAACCACGAGCGACUUCAGUGUCUUUGGAGGACGGCGCAUUACAUCGAAGCGGAACGCCAGCGCGGCAGACCUUUAGGAGCUGUGGGCAAGUACCGAGUCCGGAGGAAGUACCCUCUUCCACGGACGAUUUGGGAUGGCGAAGAGACCACUUACUGCUUCAAAGAGAAGUCGAGGAAUAUUCUAAAUAAGGCGUACACCGAGAAUCCAUACCCCACUCCUCGAGAGAAGUACGAGCUGGCAAAAAUGACCGAUCUAACCGUGACACAAGUUAGUAACUGGUUUAAGAACAAGAGACAACGGGUGCGGGCUGCAGAAAUGAGGAAGGGGGGCCUGGAACAAGACGGGAUGUUGAAGAUGAAAGGGCCUGGACGCUCCAUGAUGUUCAGCUACGAUGAACUGCGCUCGCAUUUUCCCUACCUCAUUCCUCAAGCUCCGGUAUUACCGACGCCGCAGCCUCCUGUGUCAGCGGCUUAUCUGCAAGAGUUACAGGCGCACGCACACGCGCAGAUUCAUCAUUCGUAUGUGCCUCUUCAAACAUACCCAGCAUACGUUUCGGGAAGUCCUCAUCCUCGCACAAGCACGUGUACAAGCACGCAUGCGCAGAGCAGCACGUUGAGCCUGUCUUCUGAAACGAGCGCUUUCGAACCUAUUUACUCUAAUCGACUGGCAUACGAAAACUUGUAGUCUGAAACUUUAAUCGGCAGUCCACCGUAGGAAAAAAAGAUGGCGGCUGUACAUUUAACCACAAUGCCUUGCGAACCUAACACAGCCUAUGAGGCACUAAGAAAGCCAAAUGAUUAUAAUAUUUGUCCCUAUACAAAGGGCAUUGAGUAGCCUGGGUUUAAAGAUGUUAUAACGUUUCUGUACGUUUUUGUAAACGUUUUUAAAGUUGUCGUGCGCUAAGAACUGUGAGUAAAUACUAGUCGCCAUCUUUUUUCCCUCGGAGGAUUUGAAUACCUUUUGUAAAGUGUUUACCACUCCGAGAGACUGUAUAUGAAAAAAUGUCGAAAUAAAUAACGCUAUAUCGAGGUCAUUAUUAUUUAGAUUAACUAGUAUAAUGCGGUUAGUUUGCAAGUUUGGAUAGUACUGACAAUAUCAUGCAGGCUACCUUAAUAUUGUACACGAGCGUGUUUCUACAUUAUUAGAUACGCACUGUAGCAGAAAUGUAGUGCUCCCUCUUCUAUGGAAACACUCAGUAUCAAUUCUUGGACGAGAAAGUCACUUGAAAAUUCGUGCUGUGGGACAGCUUGUUUUUAGAUGUUAUUGUGGAAGCUUGAUGGAGAAGGACUUGCCAGAGAUUGAGACGUUUAAUGGGCCCAUAAAAUCAUUUAUAAAGAAAACGAACAAAGUAGAAAUGAAGACCUUAAAAACCGGUCCAUUAUAUAGCAAAAGGAAAAUGUAUUACAAUAAGAACACUAAAUCAACUCUAAUAAUAAUGAUAAUAUAUAACCAGGUCACUCACUCACUCAUGCCCUUCACGCCUAAGUGGCAUGUAGGGCAGCAACAUGUUCCCUCCACAUCUGUCGGUCCCUUGCCAUAAACUUGAUGCCUUCCCAGGUCUUCCCCAUCUCCUUGAUUUCCUUCUCCACCGUCCGCCGCCAUGUGAUCUUAGGGCGGCCCCUCUUGCGUUUUCCCUCUGGCGUCCAAUGCAGAGCAGUUUUCGCAAUUGAGGCUUCUUGGCGAGCGACGUGGCCAAUUAAACGGGUAUAAGGACAAAAUCCCGCUGAUGUUGUGGAUAAUGUUUAUAGUUCUGUAAGGGUUGUGUAAUAUUGCCUGUUAAAUGCAUUUAAGGAAUAUUAUGUAAAAUAUAACAUUAUUUCUUCUGGAAAUAAAA